AUGGAGCUGGGAGCGCCACAGCAAGAUUUAUGUCGAGUAGACGCCGUUCGGCCAGGUAUCACUGCUGCCUUGUGCAUCAACUGCGCUGACGAAGAGGAUCCCCUCCUACCACAAUCUUCGAUCUCCCUACCGAUAUCCUGCGUGAGAUAUUCAAGUUCUUCAGAUAUGAAGACGCCAUCUCGCAAGGUCGAGCGCGCUGGAGCUCAGGCCAGCAACUGGAAAUAUGUUCUAGGCAGAGACGGGAUAUCCAAAACGCCCGCCUCGUCUGCCGCGCUUUCCAUGAGCUUGCGUCUCCUUGCUCUUCGCGCUGCUACCCAUCAAAGUCGACACAGAGUCACUCGAGAUCGCCGACCAAAUAUCGAAGAGGCCUUACCUAGCUUCCGGGGUUCGCGGGAUCGAGAUGUGGUCAACGGCGACAUGUAUCGAUACCGACACCGACCGCUGACCAAAGACGCGCAAGAGGAAUUUGACCGAUGUCAGUCCGCGUUAUUCAACGGGGCUAGGCUCAGGGAGGCGUGGUCGGAUCCUGUCUACUCUCUAAAGCCCACAGCGCGACAUUGUGAAGAGGGCCUUUCGGAAGAGACGAGGAAAUAUACUAAGAUAUUCCGGGAAGGCUACGAGGACUAUCGCCGGAAGAAGCAGGAACAAGAUACCUUCCUCUUCGAUGGAUCAUUUUCUAGGCGCCUAGCCGGCGCGAUAAAACGUAUGCCCAUUUUUCACGCGCUCGGUUUUAUGGAUUGCCGCGACGAUAUCGCCAGCAAAUAUUGGGAUAGUCGCAUCCUCGCCGAUGAAGACCGCCUACGCCGUUUCAUAAUCGCCUUUAGCAAGCUUGAGCAUUUCUGCUUCAAACCUGAUGGGUUUUCAGGCGACUAUUCCAUGUACCCAGCCCCUACACCCGAUAAGGCCAUGUGCGAUGCGUAUCUUUCCGCCGGGCUCUCAAGCCCGUGUUUACGCGGCUUCGAACUCGUCACAUUCGCAUCGUUUUCUGUGGAUGCUGACCGCUGGUACGACAUCACGCAACUGCUGACCUUGGUCCUUCCGCGAGCCCCAUUUUUGACGUACGCGCGGUUAUCGUACACCGCAGUGACCGACCCGGCUAUUCUCGAAACAUUUCUGAGGGCACUCCGGUAUGGCUACUGCAAUGGUGGUAUGCGUGAGCUAGACCUGCAGAAUGUCGAGAUCAUGGCGAAGAGUGGAUGGGAAGGCGUAAAAGCGCACUGCGAGAAACAGUCGCAGCCGACCUUCUUGCGGGAAGGUGCAUAG